GACACUCCCAACAAUUAGAUCAGAACACAGCCCAACCCCUUCCUAACACGAGGAGGAAUUCUGCAGAGGAGGUGUUUCAAUAUUAAUGAAAGAACAUGAAGUCCUCUUGGCUAUUUAUAAUAUAUGUGUUAUGGCUGAAUGGUCACCAGUGCGCACCAACGAGGCAGGAGGAAACAAAUCUCCGGGAAAACCUGAAGCAAUUAUCUGAAGUUGGAGAGAAGUAUGUAGAUGAAGAGGUAAAGAAAGCUUUGAUUGGUAUUAAGCAGAUGAAAAUAAUGAUGGAAAGAAAUGAAGAUAAGCACAUAGAUCUGAUGAAAACCUUGAAGAAGAGCAGUGAAGAAAAACAGCAAGCCUUGCGACUUAUGGAUGAAGUAAGGGAAAGACUGGAAGAAGAAGAAAGACAAUGUCAAGUAUCCUUGAAAAAUUUAUGGGAUGAAUGUGAAUCUUGUUUAGAAAGUACCUGCAUGAGAUACUAUACAACUUGCAAACAAGGUUUGUCAACGUUUAGAAGAAAGGUUGAAGAUUUUUUGAGGAAAAUACCUUCGCUCAUUUUUACUUUUCAUGAAGAUCAAGGAAAAGACCUCCAAUUUAACAAAAAGCCUGAGAAAGAGGAUACCCAGCUAGUAAAAAUGGAAGAUCUAUUUAGCCAACUAUUAUCAGACAUGGGCUCAAUGUUUGAUAGAAGUUUAAUUUUUUUCAAGCAAAUGCAAAAAGAAUUUGACCAGUCUUUUCAGACGUAUUUCAUGUCUGAUCUGGACUUGAAUGAGUCCCCCAGCACCCCAGCCUUACUUGAGGACACCACCAGAAAGGACGGCUCACAGAAGCCAGUACCCGGCUUUUUACAGAUAAUUUUUGAUUUCAGUAAGACUGUGUUUGAAGGUGUCAGAGAGGUGAUUACUGAAGUGUUUGAUGAAUACAGAGAUAAGAGAAGAGAUGUACCAGAACAAGCCAAAGAUCGGGACAGAAGUGGCAUGUUUUCAAAAAUUGUGUCAGGACACCAGAGACCUCUGUGCAGGGAGCUUCGGGAGAACUCCUCUGGAUGCCCACAGUUUCAUGAGAGAUGUCAGAAAUGUCAAGACAAUCUUUUGCAUGAUUGCCCAAAUGUUCCUGAACUGCACAUAAAGUUCGAUGAAGCCUUUAAGCUGGUUAAUCUCUCGGGGGAGCAGUACGAGCAGAUUCUCCAGGUGGUUCAGCGUCAUACAGAAGACACUUCCUAUUUGUUGAACAAAAUGAAAGAAAGAUUUGGGUGGGUGUCUGAGUUAUCCAAUAUGACCAUCGGACCAGAAAACAUUUUCAAUAUAGUUAAGGUGGUACCUGGGGAUCCCUCUGGCAAAAAUGAAACUGUGGUAGACGUGAAUAUUCUGACUUCACCUACUUUCACCAUUAAAGUUCCUCCCAACUUAGACCCAAAGAGUGCUGGAUUCAUUGAAUACAUAGCUGGCAAAGCACUGCAACUAUAUAAACAGAAUUUUUAAGUGGAAAGAAGAUGUGUGAAAUCUUUCUUCCUGAAAUCCAGUAUAUACUCCUUAGGUGAAAUACUUCUAAGCUCAACAUACAGCUAAUUGUUAAAUGACUAUGGUUAGAAUAGUUGCAUAUAAAUAAAAUUUUGCUUAGUAAAUACUGUGACAUAUGAGCUAUCAGCUGAAGACUGUAGAAAUCUUCUAAUUCAAAAACAAAUUCAAAUCCAUUUUAAUAUUAAUUUAUUUAGAUAAAAUUGUAUUUAUGUUGUAAAUUAGCUAAUCUUCGAUAACCAGCUGUGGCCUGGUUAUGCAAAGACACUUAAGGAAAUAAUCAGCUGUAAGCAUACACAUAAUUCCUAUUUGCAUACUUAAAUUCAAGCACAUUCUUAGGCCUUUUCAAGAUUGGUCCCUAC